GUCGGCUCGAUGGACAGGAUGGACGUAAACCGACCACGUCGUCAAACGUUAAAAUUCAGCAUAAACCAUAAGCAUGGAUGGUCAACCGCUGGAGCCUACACUGUACACUGUCAAGGGAAUGGCCAUCCUUGAUAAUGAUGGCAAUAGGAUAUUGGCAAAGUAUUAUGACAAGAAUAUAUUCCCAACAUCAAAGGAACAGAAAACUUUUGAGAAGAAUCUGUUCAGUAAAACACAUCGGGCAAACGCGGAGAUCAUUAUGUUAGAUGGUUUGACUUGUGUCUACAGAAGUAACGUAGAUUUAUUUUUCUACGUGAUGGGUAGCUCGCAUGAAAAUGAAUUAAUCCUGAUGAGUGUCUUGAAUUGCCUGUACGACUCUGUUAGUCAGAUCCUUAGAAAGAAUGUAGAGAAAAGAGCAGUAUUAGACAGUUUGGACAUAGUGAUGCUAGCAAUGGAUGAGAUUUGUGAUGGAGGUAUAAUUUUGGAUGCGGAUGCAACAAGUGUGGUGCAGAGGGUAGCCUUGCGGACAGAUGACAUUCCACUUGGAGAACAAACAGUAGCACAGGUGUUGCAAUCUGCUAAGGAACAGCUCAAGUGGUCACUAUUAAAAUAA